AUGUUAUUAUAAAUUAUAAAUGGCGAUGUUUUGUUAUUGUAUUUUCUGAUAAACGAGAGAUAUUGCCAUUUUCAUUCGUAAAAGUUUGAGAACAUUUACCGUACCCCUUUGGGGUUCAAAAGAUCCUUCGUAGUGCAAAAUGUCAGUGAGAGCUAUUGGCACACAUUUGUUCAAAUAUGGUAGAACCUUUGUUCGUCAUAUUUGCAAAAGAGAUAUCCAAACAACUGCCGACAAGAUUAAUGCUGCACAACAGUUGCCACCGAAACCCCAUGGGGUCAGCAUAUCCAAAGGAUUUGGUCUCAGGACUGUUGGAGUACAAAUUGGAUUGCAGGCGAGAAAACUUCUCAUCAAUAAUGUACUCAAUAGAGUUACUAAUAGUCUAGCUUCUGAUCUCAGAAAGAGAGCAGCAAGAAGGAUACUCUAUGGAGACUCUGGACCAUUUUUUGCUUUAGUUGGAGUGAGCUUAGCAUCUGGCACUGGAAUACUAACCCGAGAAGAUGAACUUGAAGGUGUUUGCUGGGAAAUUCGAGAAGCCAUUUCUAAGAUAAAAUGGCAUUACCACGACAUCGACAUAGACGAAACUCGAUUCGAAAAUUCACCGAUUACGCUGAAUGACCUAUCUCUUGGCAAACCCAUCGCCAAAGGAGCAAAUGCAGUGGUUUACGCCGCCAAAAUCAAGAACCAAGACGGCUUACCCCGAACCCAGCCUGACAAAAACGCUGAGCGAUCAGUUUCUGAGACUAUUGUCAAAACCGAAGAUAGCGAUGACAUCGAGAAAUUUCCAUUGGCCUUGAAGAUGAUGUUCAACUAUGACAUCCAGUCGAGUGCAAUGGCUAUAUUGAAUGCAAUGUAUAGAGAAACGGUUCCAGCUAGAGAGUAUUACAGCAAUGUCAGAAUAUCUGAUUGGGAAAUUGAUUUAUCAAAGAGAAAUCGUCAUCUGCCUCCCCAUCCAAACGUAGUUGCUAUGUUUUCCGUUUUCACGGAUUACGUUCCGGAACUACAAGAUUGCAGAGGGCUCUAUCCUGCCGCCUUGCCUCAAAGAAUCCAUCCCGAUGGAGACGGAAGAAAUAUGUCACUGUUCUUGUUAAUGAAAAGGUACGACACGACCCUAGCAGACUUUCUCACCUCCCAUCCCCCUUCCGCCCGUGUGUCUCUCCUUCUCUUCGCCCAGCUGCUGGAAGCCGUCGCCCAUCUGACCGCCCACGGCAUAGCCCACCGCGACCUCAAAACCGACAACAUCCUCAUCGACACCGCCGAGCCCGAGGCGCCCAUCCUCGUCCUGGCCGACUUCGGCUGCUGCCUGGCCGACAAGGCCAACGGCCUGCGGCUGCCCUAUACCAGCCACGAGGUGGACAAGGGCGGCAACGUGGCGCUCAUGGCGCCCGAGAUAGCGUGCCCGCGGCCAGGCGCGUUCUGCGUGCUGGACUAUGGGAAGUCGGACCUGUGGGCGGCCGCGGCGAUCACGUAUGAGGUGUUUAGUGGGCGGAAUCCGUUCUGCGUGGGUACUUUGAGGAGUGUAGACUACGAGGAGGAGCAGCUGCCGGAGAUGGGGGCGGAGGUGCCGUACGUGUUGAGGAGGCUGGUCGGUAAUCUGUUGCAGCGCAAACCGAGUAAGCGCCUUAAUCCUGAAGUAGCUGCGAACGUUUGCCAGUUGAUUUUGUGGGCACCAAGCACAUGGUUGAAACCCGAGACUAGAAAGCCUCCAUCUAGUGCAGAGAUAUUGCAAUGGCUGCUGAGCUUGACGACGAAAAUCCUCUGUGAAGGCAGAAUGACCAACAAGGCUGGUUCAGAGUCCAUUCAGUUGGAUUCGGACAGAGCCCAGUUGCAGAGCGAUGUGCGCAAAGCUGGAAGAAGGACGUAUCCAGAGUAUCUACUAAUUUCUUGUUUUCUGGCAAGAGCCACCAUAUCUAACGUCAAAGCUGCGAUUUCUUGGAUACAAACUGUUAAUGCCGAUAUCGAUGAUUAAUCGCUAUAUUUAUUAUUGUAUACUUACUCUUUUUAGUUCCUUAUUAUUUUAUGGAGAAUUUUUCGGGUUUAGGUCUAGAUUCUAGAACUAGCAAAAAUGUGGAAUUAUGAAGAACUUGGAGAGGUUUAUUAUCAUUGUCAAUAUGGUUGUGUGUAUUGUUGAAUUUUGGGAAAUAUUUUAAGCUUAUGAUUUUUUUUUUGGUUUGUGACCCAAUUAUUCACCUACAGGUUAGGACAGCACAUCGUUUGAUUUUUAUUUUCUGCAGGCGUUCAUAUUUCGUUACUAUUCUUGAUGCCCUUGCUUAUUGCUUCCACUUUGAUAAUGAAUUACAAUAUGUAAAAGCAAGAUACAAUAGUGUCAUCUUAAUAUGCAGAGCUCUAUUUUAAAUGUUUUAAUAAAGAAAAAAAUUGAAAAUCGCACAAACAUGAGUUGACAACAUAUUUGUUAACAUACAAAAAGUACUAUUGGAACAGAAUUGUUUUUGAAAAAUGAGGUUGUAAUUAUUUUGAAUCAAGAAAAACCUAAUUUCGCAGGUAUUUAUCAAUGCAAACAUACCUGAAAAUCAUAUUAAAAUAUUCUUUGAUAUUUCAGAAAACUAUAAUGAGACGUUCAAAUAAAUUUUAUAUUCAUCAACUGAAGGUUAUUGUUACAAGCAAAAUACAGUCUGGGUGGUUGUGAAAGAGGAAGAAGUGAUUUUUCUGUUAUGAAUUGAUAUAUCCUUUCACUCAAGAUGAAAGAGAAAGUUACCUUUGUUAUAAGUUGAUGUUUACCUCAUCCAACCUCAAUAUUUCUUCCAUUCGCCCAAUGACACAUGCAAAUGUUCAAACUAGAAAAGAAAUAAUUUUGAAAACAACUAAUUCUUCCAUUUCAGUUCUACCCUAUUUAAUUUUAACUGAAUGAAGCAUUAUAAAUCAUAAGAAAUUCAUGUUCAUCUCUUACAAGACCAACUAUAUAUUGCCAUUUCAUUUAUAGGAUUGACAAACACCCUUGAACGAAACGUACAUAUAUUCACAAUCAGUUUGGUUUAAUCAAAUAGUUGAGUC